AUGACGAUGGAACUUCUCGAUGAUCGAAUAGUGCCCACUAGUGUGCUCAUAGGCUUUCGUGUGGAAUGUCGUGACCUUAAAUACACACACACUAGCCAACAGCAAGUAGAGCUUGGCCCGAACGGCCGCAACCGCCGCGGUAGCUUAACUACUGAGUGCAACAUAUCCGACGACCUACCCUUCUUCAAAGCCGCCGAAUAUCAUUUUAUCCAGAAAGAACUCCCGAGCCCUUUCACCUCGCUUUUUAGAUCUUGGGAGAGUGCCCUGCGACGACGAGAAUGGCUUAUUAAACACGGAGCCUUAAACAUCGUGAUUAUUGCCAUUUGGCUGAAACACCGAGUAGUCUACGAUGCAGAAGGUAUUGCAAAGUACCUGGGCUUUGUGGUAUGCCCAACUACAACUGAGGAGAAAGCAAGACCGCUUGACCCCCAUAUUGACGAAAUCCUUAUUACGGGUGGCAUCCCCGCAUACCCAAUUUCGAUAUCACCACUUAUCAAUGACAAGCGACAGCUCAUGCCUGCAAUGAUCCCUAAGGAAGAUCCACGGAAUUCCGAUAAUGACAACCUUGACAGCACCGAUCGUUUGGCAAAUGAGCUAUGUAAUCGUACCGGAAGUAUGGAUGAUGGGAAGUUCUGCGCGCUUGUGCUCGCAAUUUGUGGAUGUCCUAUCAGAACCUGGAGAAUAGAAGACGGUAGAGAUAUCGAGACUACUGAAGCGCCUAAUAGUCAACGGGUAGUCUUGUCGAACGGAAAACGAGAAUAUCAUUUCAGACUAGAGAAUGGGUUGAUGAAGUAUGACGCACACGGGGUGGAUGAACGCUGAGAGAAGCCAGAACGGUGGAGGACAAGUUGAAACGAAGGACAAGAGUGCGUUAGUGGGAAAGGGACUGUGCCAACUGUAUAGAGUAGACGACUUUCAGCUGAUAUAUUGUGGCAUAGGGAUAUAUUGCUUACCUAGGUAGUGUCGCAAUUGAUGUUGAGCCAAGCAGG